CACAUUCAUGCCGACUAUGGAAUGCGUCCAUCGUAUAUUUUGUGGACUGUGUGAAUGCGUGAGUCUCGUGUGCUGUUCUAUAAGUGCCUUGAGAAUCAGAGAGGGCAGUAGCGUCGACUCAACUAUUUCGUGACACAAACACACAAUCAGCUGUUAAAUUUUUGUUUUUUUUUUCCUAUCUAUCCCCCCAAGAAAAGCAAAAAGACCCCGGGAGCGUGUGUACAGUGGGAGUGGUCCCAAGUGUGUGUGAAAAUGCACCAAGAGGGGAAAGAAGGCGGUACCAAAUGAGAAAAAAUUCCUGGCCGGUUCUUAGCCUCUCUGUCUUUUAGCCGGGCGACUCUCCUGUGCUGCUGUCUGCUCCCAGCUGACAAAAAAAAAAAAAAAAAAAAAAAAAAACUAAGUCAAAAGGGCUCUCUCGCUCUCUCUGUGGAAUUCCUGAGCAGAGUGUAGUACACUACACCGCACACAGUUGACUUUCUCAUUCGUGUGCAGAUUGCCGAGUUAGUCGGAGAGAUUACAUUCUUAGUGUGUCUAUAAAGCAGCUUCUCGUGUUCAUCUGUCGGAGGUUGUGUGCUCUGUGUGUGUGCUUUCAUUGAUUUUGUUGUUAUUGUUGUUGUUGUUGUUGCAACUCUACGGAAAAAGAAUCGAUUGAGACCCUCUGUUUGCGCGCGCGUCGUGAGUACCCCGAAAUUUUUAGACGCCCCGUACAACAGUCGACGACGUUAUGGAGACGCCGUUGGAUGUGCUAUCAAGAGCGGCGACGCUUAUUCACGACCAACUUCAUAGAUCAUCUAAACAGAAAGAUGAUCGAGAUUUAACAUCGAAUCGAGCCGGUGCUGAUAAUGAAGGGGGUAGUAGUAGCAAGGAGCUACCGACGCGAACGAAGAAAGAACGCCGACGUCACGAACGCCACCAUGAACUGCUCUCGACGGCCGCCAGGGCUCGCAAAGAGAGAGUUCCAGUUGCGAUGGAACCGGCGGAUGAAGUGGACAGACCAUUGGAUAUGAGCACCGGACGUCGAGCUUCACCUCCACCUUAUCCGGCAGCUGGAUCGUCGUCUGGCGUCGGCAUCCCACCAUCAUAUCCUUUGAGGUAUCCAAGUCCUCCGGAUUAUGGAAGUGCUUCAGGACCACGUCCAUCGGUCAUUACUUGCGCUUCCAGUUUAAGAUCCAGUCCGGCUCCCAGCUGUCCCAGUCCGUGUGGCAGUACCAGUUCGUCGGCAUCUCAGUCGAGGACAAUAACAGCCAAUGGAUCAUCAUCUCCACCUCCCCGUUCCCGUCCAGCAGCUGACGGCGAGAGACUCGGUGCUCCUCAACGCCGCGAAAUCAUUUCCUCAGGUAUGUGCGAUCCGGUGAUUGACGAACAUUUCCGCCGCUCGCUGGGCGAGCGUUACACUCAUUUGUUUGCGUCGUCAUCGCCAUCGUCUACCUCCAAUUCAACCAAUACGAAUGACUCAUCCUCACGGGAUGGAGGAGCGGCAAACAAAAUGCCUUCCACUGUCAACGUCACCGGACUCUCUGUGGAUGAUCAUUUCGCCAAAGCCUUGGGAGAGACUUGGCUCAAAUUGCAGAGCGAGACCAAGGAGAAAGAAGCCAAUAGCGAUUCGCAGCCCGGCUCUCCGCUACCAUCAUCAGCCCAGAGACAGGGACUACUUCUUACUUGAGGAGCAGGGGAACAAAAAAACAAAACAAAAAAUACUUCUACCAAUUUCCACAAUCGAUGGAUCACGAAACAUAUUUAAACGGUAGAGAGAGAGAGACGUGUGUGGGUGUGUUAAUUAGAGAACAAAACAAGUAAGAAUAACUAAUUAAUCGAAAGCAGUUCCAUUUGAUUAUUUAUUAGAUCUUUUUUUUUGCAGUUUAUUUCUCUUUUUUUUUUUACUAAAUUUAAAACUUGAUGUGGUAUUUCAAUUUACGUUUUUGUGUGCGUGAAUUUUUGUGUGUCUUGCGUGAAAAAAGAUUUUCUUUCCAUACGGGAUCUUUUUCCACCUUUUUCUGUUGGAAUUCCUAUCAAUUAUCUUUUUUAUGGCUUGUAAUUUCGAUUUAAUUUUCGAUAGAGACUUUUUUUCUGGACAUCUCGUUACGACAUUGUGAUGACAUUCAGUUCUAGCGAGGAAUACAAUGUGUGAAUAAUUUCA